UUAAGCCAAAAUAUGCCCUUUUAUCCGAACUUUUGGUUGCUUGGCUUAUGGUAAGGAUUGUAAGGGAGAUAUGGGAGAUUGGAUUUUCAAACAUUUGUAAAUCGCCCUAAUGUUCAAUAAUGUAAAUGAUUCAAUCCAACUUCCGAAAAACCACCAUGCUCUAAAAACGACUGGUAAACGCGUAAAACCGUUGCAACACUUCAACACACGAUUCGUCGAUCAUUUCAAAUAAAGUCCUUAUCUAACCGGGUGAUAACUCUUACUUUCGUUUGGAAAAAGUAGUCCGCUCGGUGGAAGUAACAAAUCCCAGCCGAGGUCACUCUCGUCGUAAUCAUAACACCGCGGAAUGCGGUAAUAUCUUUAAAACGGAACAAACCACGACACGGUACCAUCUCAUUAGCACCUCUUAGUUACACUCAUGCUUCCCUAUGAUGUAAUUUGAUUUCGAGUGAUGGAAGAAAAAAUGUAUCAACUUCAGCGUGUUUUAUUUGGAUACUAUCGAUCGGUACGAUCAGCUGUAGGUCAGAUACUUUCCAGUCAGUUCGAAAUGAUUUCCAUUCUAGUGCUGUUGGUCGCCGUAGUUUGUUCGGUGUCUGCUCAAACCAAGUUCGUGACACUGGACAAUGUCAAGUACAGUUACGGAAUAUUUGCCCCCGUUGGAUUGACCGUUGGAAGUUACGUGUGGUACAUCUCGGCCUUAGGGUUGAUACUGGGUGCCCUGGUGCUUCUCUAUUUCAGCAAAAGCUGGAACAGCAGUUCAGCAUACUACAAUGGGAUUUUCGGUCGGCGAUCAAUGGAUUAUCAGCGAGCUUUUGGGGAAAGCAGCUUAUUCGAUGAUUUGGACUCACGGAUGGACACCGAAAGCCAAGAACUGUUCUGGAAAGAUCGAAUACGUGAUAUAGCCAAACUGUUUCAGGAAUAUUAUUAGACUAAUUUAUGUUAUAUUUUGUAAUAAAAAUCUAUGAAAAUUAUGUGAGUGUCUAGUGAUACUUAUGUUAUUUAGGCCACAUGGGAAGAUUUUUUGUAAUUAUUAUUGAAGCGUAUGAACUUUCGUUGCUGAAAAGAUUAUACGAUAUUUCCGUCGGCUGAUUUUUGUCAUUGAGAUCCUACG